AAAGUGAAACUUAAGUGCUGUUGAGCUGAUAUUUGUUUCUCUUUCUGACAGUACAUGCAGUGAAAUGGCAGAAACCAGUUUUUCCCAGGACCAGUUCAGCUGUCCGGUGUGUCUGGAUCUCCUGAAGAAUCCAGUGACCAUUCCCUGUGGACACAGUUUCUGUAUGAGCUGUAUUACAGAGUGCUGGGAUCAGGAGGAUCUGAUGGGCGUCUACAGCUGUCCUCAAUGCAGGCAGACCUUCACUCCAAGACCUGCUUUAAAUAAAAACACUAUGCUGGCUGAAGUGGUGGAGCAACUGACUAAGACUAAACUUCAGGCUUCUGUUCCUGCUGGACCUGAAGAUGUGGAGUGUGACGUCUGUACUGUGAGAAAACACAAAGCCAUCAAGUCCUGUCUGGUGUGCCUGAACUCUUACUGUCAAAAUCACCUCCAACAACAUGAGAAUCUCUUUAAAGGUAAGAGACACAAUCUGACAGAAGCCAUUGGACGACUUCAGGAGAUGAUAUGCCCGAAACAUAAUAAACAACUGGAGAUCUACUGUCAUACUGACCAGCAGUGCAUUUGUUAUCUGUGCACGAUGGAUAAUCACAAAAACCAUGAUACUGUAGCAGCUGUAGCAGAGAGGACAAAGAAACAGGUGGUUUUGGAAGAGAGAAAGAGAAAAUUCCAGCAGAGAAUCCAGCAAAGAAAGAAAGAUCUUGAGCAGCUAAGAAAGGCUGUAGAGUCUCAUAAGCGCUCUGCACAGACAGCAGUGGAGGACAGUGAGAGGAUCUUUACUGAGCUCAUCCUCUCCAUUGAGAGAAGCCGCUCUGAGUUGAAACAGCGGAUCAGAGAACGGGAAAAGGCUGCAGUGAGUCGAGCUGAAGGACUCAUAUAUCGACUGGAGCAGGAGAUUGAUGAUCUGAUGAGGAUAGGCGCUGAACUGGAGCAGAUUUCACAAACAGAUGAUCACAUACAUUUCCUCCAGACCUUCCAAUCUCUUGCUAUAUCCCCUGAAUCUACAGAUAUUCCUGAUGUCACUGUGAGCUCUCUCCUCUCUUUUGAUGAUGUAAGAAAGUCUAUCUCUCAACUGAAAGAAAAACUAGAGGAUUUCUGUAGAGAUGAAAUUGACAAGAUUUCUGGCAAAGCAACAUACAUUGAAAUUAUCCCCACCAAUGAACCAAAGAUCAGAGAGGAGUUUCUACAAUAUUCCAGUGGGUUCACUAUGGAUCCAAACACAGUGAAUAAACACCUCCGUCUGUCUGAGAGGAACAGAGCAGUUACCUUCACUGACGGAGUCCAGCAGUAUCCUGAUCAUCCAGACAGAUUUGAUAGUUUGUUGCAUAUGUUGUGUAGAGAGAGUGUGUGUGGACGCUGUUACUGGGAGACUGAGUGGAGCGGGAGUCUUGGUGUGGGUAUAUCAGUGUCAUAUAAAAACAUAAGUAGGAAGGGACGGGGAAAUGAGUGUUUAUUUGGAUAUAAUGAUCAAUCCUGGAGACUGUCUUGUUCUCCUUCUAGUUACUCAUUCUGGAACAAUGGCAGUUGUUCUGAUUUCCCUGAACUCUUCAGCUGCAGGAGAAUAGGAGUGUAUGUGGAUCACAGAGCAGGGACUAUGUCCUUCUACAGCGUCUCUGACACAAUGAGCCUCAUCCACAGAUUCAAGACCACAUUUACUCAGCCUCUCUAUCCUGGGUUUGCAGUUCAUCGUGGAUCAGCAGUGAAACUGUGUGACCUAACCAGUGUUGGGGAGUAACUACUCACAUGCAACGGAGUUAAGUCAUUCAAUUACAAAAUAAAUGUAACUUUAAUUAGUUACAGUUACUGCUAUUUAUUAUUAUUAUUAUUAUUAUUAUUAUUAUUAUUAUUAUUAUUAUUAUAGUUUACUUAUGAAAAUGUUGAAGAUUACAAAGGGGCUUUAAAUCUGAAAAUUUUCACACACAUACAGACUUAAUUGAAUAUUUUUAAUAAAUUGCACUGACUGCUCUAAAAUAUGAGACACUAAUGUUCCAGGAGUUUAAGACACAGAACGGGACAUGUUUAUAUGAUAACUGUUUUAUUUCCUGCUUGGGUUUAUGUAUAUGUUUUUUUUUAAGAUUAACUGUUAGAUGCCUGUGUUUCAUGUCAUAUCUUUGCAAAUAUUUUAUUUUUAAAACAGUAGCAUAGCUAUUAAACUAUUUAUUGUGAUUUUAAAUCUGUAUUAAAGCUCAGAAUGACCUCAAAUUAAAAAGUGGUGUUAAAGUCUGAUUUCAUGGAGGCUGUGCUUUAAAAUUAAAUUAUUAUAAUCUUAAUUAAAGAAUAAGGGAUUCUGAAAGUCUGACAAUAAUCAGUGUUGAGUUCUGCAUGGUUAACCCAAACUGCUUUAACCUGUUAACUGUCACUCACAUUUUUGAA